CCUCUGCCCACCACCUUCGACUAUCAAACCUCAUCUCUUUCUGAGAACAUUUCUGUUUCAUGCGGCCUAGUGACACCGCGAACAUACCGUCCGCAGGGCCCAGUGCAAUUCCAGAGCUCGAUGCGAGUUAUGUGGACGAAUCACAUAUGCAGGCCUUCGCGGAGGCACUGCGCACGGAAGACUACGAUCUGAACGACCAGCCGUCGGCGGACAGUGUCAGUGUACGAAGCGGUGCGACGACGCCUCGCGUGCGGAAGAUAUCCGCUUUGUCAGAUUUUGCGCCGGUCAACGUGAAAGUAAGCAGGCGCAGGAGGUCAAAGAAGCCGCCGCCAAGGCGACAGGAAUGGCUCUAUCUGAUUGUUCGGUGGCCGCUUCUGACGCUCAUAUUCUUAUUCAUUGCUGUCCAAUUCAGCCUGUAUGUGCUGAUUCGGCAGCUUGUCAAUGCGAAGGAAUGGUUGUCUGCUUGGCGUGGUCGCAAGGGCGUUCUUCGCCAAAGGCUGCGCAAUGCACAGACUUACCAAGAAUGGAAAGAAGCAGCGCUUGUGCUUGAUGAAUACAUGCAUUUCGAUGAGUGGAAGCAUAUAGAAGAGGAUCCUUAUUAUGAUUGGAAAUUGGUCAGGAGGGUCCGGAGGUCCCUCAGGACUCUCAGGGAGAGGAAGGACGUGCGCAGUCUCUUGGAGGUGCUCGAGACAUGUGUCCGUCACAACUUUGCCGGUGUCGAGUCUGCAAGAUUGUACAGUGAAACAUUCUAUGGCACUAAAGAUUUGAUUGAAGAUUACGUUAAUGAAGAAGAGAAGGCACUGGAAUUUGUUCGCGAGUCUGUGGAACUACCGAAUGACGAGAAGAGACGGUUCUUCAAGAGCGUCAACACGAACCUGGGGACAUCCGCACUGUGUCUGUCUGGUGGUGCUUCCUUCGGCUACUACCAUUUCGGAGUGGUCAAAGCGUUCUUGGAUGCCGGUCUUCUCCCACGUGUGAUCUCAGGUACAUCCGCUGGCGGUGUUGUCGCUGCCAUGGCAUGUACAAGAACGGACGCGGAGCUGAAGCGGAUGCUUGUACCUGAGCUGGCAAGGCACAUUACAGCCUUUGAGGAGCCUUUCGGCUUGUGGAUCAAGCGGUUCUGGACUACAGGUGCCAGAUUCGACGGUUUGCUGUGGGCGAGGAAGCUCUGUUUCUUCACGCGCGGUUCUAUGACCUUCAAGGAAGCAUAUUUGCGCACUGGACGGAUUUUGAAUAUCUCUGUCGUGCCGGCCGAUCGUCAUUCGCCGACGAAGCUGCUCAACUAUGUGACAGCGCCGGACACGAUCAUCUGGAGCGCGCUGCUCGCGUCUGCUGCUGUACCUGGUAUCUUGAAUCCAGUCGUCCUCAUGCAGAAGCUGAAGGAUGGUAGGAUUGUACCAUGGAGUUGGGGCAGUAAAUUCAAGGACGGAUCGCUCAGGGUUGACAUUCCCGUUCAAGCUCUUAACUUGUACUUCAACGUCACGCAUCCGAUUGUGUCGCAAGUGAACCCGCAUGUGCAUCUUUUCUUCUUUGCCCCACAAGGAUCUGCUGGGAAGCCGGUUGCACACCGGAGGAGUAAAGGAUGGAGAGGAAACUUUCUUCUGUCUGCUGCGGAACAAUGGUUGAAGCUCGAGCUUACGAAAAACUUUAAGUUGAUUCGUGAUCUCGACUUACUACCCCAACUGCUCGGUCAAGAUUGGUCAAGCGUGUUUCUACAGCGUUUCGAAGGCAGUGUAACGAUUUGGCCGAGGACCCGGAUCAUGGACUUUAUGCAUAUUUUGAGUGACCCUGAUCAGGUGGAAUUGGCAAGAAUGAUAUAUGUCGGUCAGCUGGUCACUUGGCCGAAGUUGCACAUGAUAGAGAACAGGUAUCGUCUCGAGAAGCAGAUUUUUCUUGGCAGACAGGCUGUCCGAAAGGCUUUGUCUCGAACCCAGGAAAAGUCUGCCCAGAAGCUGGAUGCGAUGCCGCACGAGCGAGUUCCUGUUCCCAAUACCGGCACGAAGCUUCCCACCCUCGUGGGCACGCCCACGCUUACGACGGCAUUAGAUUCACCACUUCCAAUGGACACCGAUGCGGAGACUGCGUAUCUAAAUCGGACCCGUAAACACGAGCGCAAACCUACUUCGCCCACCGUGAAUGGCUACACUGCUGGCGGUAGCUCUCAUGAUUCUCAUCGUCAAUCCGUCAAACGUCGAACAUGGGCGGCAUCUGUGUCGCACCGCACGGAUAAAGAUGUUACGAAUGAGGGAGAUCAUGGGGCAGCGACGCCUGGUUCCCCGCCGCCGAAUGACAGCGAGCAUCAACAUGCGCAAGCUGCGGCUCGACAGACCUCAUCCGCUCCAAGCAAUCCUGUCGAGUUCUUGCGACGGCUAGGCAAUGGGACCAUCGCGGCUACGCUCGCACCAUUCUCGUCCAUGCGGCGAAAUAACAGGGAGCAAGACGACAGGACGGUUGACCCGUCGUGGUCUGGGGACAGUUCGUCGGAUGACGAUGACCUAUCCGUCAUAUCCCGGAGGCAUCGACCUCCUUCGGUGUUUGAUUUGAGAUCGGAUAUGGAGAGAAGGUACCAAGAAGACGACGUUCAUGACAAUGAUGACUUGUAGCUGCAACCUCCGCUCUAGAGAUUUUUCACUGGAAACACGGUAUAGGGUAGCACUUAGGAUCUCACUUUGUAACAUUUCGUCACAGUGCUCUGCAUGUACAAUAUCCACAUCAUUGCUAUUAUGCAUGUAUCAUAUGUAAAACUCCCA